UCCAGCAGGAAGGCGACUAGUAUCUUUCUGCGCUUGCGCCGCAAGGAAACGUCACUUCCGCCUCUGCGCGCACCCAGCCUGAACCUGCGGGUCCCUGCUGGACUGUCACCAUGAAGUUCAACCCGUUCGUGACCUCGGACCGCAGCAAAAACCGCAAACGCCACUUCAAUGCCCCCUCGCACGUGCGCCGGAAGAUCAUGUCUUCCCCUCUUUCCAAGGAGCUGCGGCAGAAAUACAACGUCCGCUCCAUGCCCAUCCGCAAGGACGAUGAGGUCCAGGUGGUUCGAGGACACUACAAAGGUCAGCAGAUCGGCAAGGUAGUUCAGGUGUACAGAAAGAAAUACGUCAUCUACAUUGAGCGGGUACAGCGUGAGAAGGCUAAUGGCACGACUGUCCACGUGGGCAUUCACCCAAGCAAGGUGGUUAUCACCAGGCUAAAACUGGACAAAGACAGAAAAAAAAUUCUUGAACGCAAAGCCAAGUCUCGACAAGUUGGAAAAGAGAAAGGCAAAUACAAGGAAGAGCUCUUGGAGAAAAUGCAGGAGUGAACAUAACCUGUCCUGCAGUUAUGGUUUAACUGGAGAUGGCUAGCUUAGCCCGUGCUUCUCUGGAACUUCUCAAGAUAUCUCUGGAAUGUUUUAUUGCCUUCCUGUUUUGUUGUUGAUAUCUGGCUCUGUAAAUCUAUUUUUGCAAUUUUGAUUAAUAAUUUUAUGAAUAAAAUUGGAGCUAUUUCCCAAC